UAUGAACUGCCCAAGUGAGAGCUGCGCUACGCUACGGACCAAGCAGGAAACUUUCCAAGCUUGAAAUCCAAUCCCUGACCGGGAUAUAAUGCUAUCCCUGCGAUGCUUCUCUGUUCCAGUCCACCUCAGCUGUCAUUCCAGUUUAUUCCACUCCAAAACCCAAUUGUGUGUCUCCAGCUCACUCCACAACGCUGCCGCAACCGCACCGGAUUCCGCCAAGCUCAAGCAGCAUGCUAAAUUCGGGGAGAUUCCAAAUGACGGAUUUGCCCCCGGAGAGGAAGAAGAAGAGGCGUUGCCGGCGGGUCUGCGGCGGGAGGCGAUGCCGAGGCACGUGGCGGUGAUCAUGGACGGGAACGUGAGGUGGGCCAGGAGGAGAGGGCUGCCGUCCGGGUCGGGUCACCAAGCGGGCGCCCGGGCGCUGAGGGAGCUCGUGGACUUGAGCCGGAAAUGGGGGAUUAGAGUUCUCACUGUGUUCGCCUUUUCGUAUGAUAACUGGGUUCGACCAAAGAUGGAGGUUGAAUUUCUGAUGACUUUGUUUGAGGGGGUGAUCAAAUCAGAGAUCAACAAUCUCGCCAGGGAAGGCAUUAGAAUAUCAGUCAUUGGGGAUUCGUCGAAGCUCCCCACUUCUUUGCAGAAACUGAUAAAUGAUGCAGAGGAGAAAACAAAAGAUAACUUCAGACUCCAACUUAUUGUGGCAGUGAGCUACAGUGGGAAAUAUGAUGUAGUGCAAGCAUGUAAAAGCAUUUCUCAGAAGGUAAAAGACGGCCUGAUUCAAAUUGAAGACAUCGAUGAAAGCGUCAUCGAGCAGGAACUGGAAACUAACUGUACUGAGUUUCCAUACCCUGAUCUACUCAUCCGAACCAGCGGCGAACUCAGAGUCAGUAACUUCUUGCUGUGGCAGUUGGCCUACACUGAACUUUUCUUCAUUCCGGCUCUUUGGCCUGAUUUUGGGAAGGCCGAGUUUGCCGAGGCCUUGAUCUCAUUUCAGCAAAGGCAGAGACGUUAUGGUACACGAGAUGUAUGGUGAUCUUUUGUUAACUUGUACAUAAUCAUAAUGGUUGAAUGUACACCCCCGUUACCCAAUGAUUAUUAUGAUCUGAUGCAAGCUUUCGGCCAGCUUCCAAGUGUUCAAACUUACCUACAGUAUGGCCUAUGUAGCAACCUACAACUUUCCGAGACAAACAGAGUUGGUUAGGGAGAUGGAAGGAAAGUUGGAACUAAAGAUAUUAACUUUAGAAUUGUAGGAUGUAUGUGUUUUUCAACUUUUAAUGAUAUGAAGAAUGUAGUUGAUAAGUUUUUAUUCUGAGGUAAUACUUCAAAACAACUGAACUUCAUCCCUUGAAGGAUAAUUGCUAUUAUCAGAGAUGCUUAGGUGCUUACUUUA